AUGGACAACGCCGAAUCUCCUACAGCGAUGUUUGACGCGUACGAGCUGGAUUUUCGGCACAUCAUCAGUAGCAUCUCGGCGAAGCUCGAGGGGCCCGCUGCGAACGGUGCGCAGGUCGGCGAGCAGCGCAAGGCGGCACUUAGGAAAGUCGAGGUUGAGCUGGACGAAGCAGACGAUAUAAUAUCCCAACUCGAGAUCGAAAUCCAAGGGAUCCCCCAAUCCCUCAAACCGCCCUUCCAAGCCCGACUCAAAGCCGCCAAAGCCGACCUGACACGCUACAAGCGGCUCUCAAAGGAGCAACAUGCGCACGCAGCACGCGGCGAGCUUCUCUCGCGGUCCUCCCCGGGCCCUGGAAGGUACACGGACGCAGCGACGUCGGAUGACCCGUACGGCGAGCGUGCGCGGCUCUUGCAGGGCACAGAGACGCUGGACGAAGGUAGCCGGAGGAUCAAGAGCAGUACGGGUGUUGCGCUUGAGACGGAGGCGUAUGGUGCGGAUAUUUUGAGGAGCUUGAGGGGGCAGAGGGAGCAGAUUGAGAAUUCGCGGAAUUUGCUUGGUACAGCGGACACCAAUAUCGAGAGGGCCUCGGGGACAUUGAAGAAGAUGAUCAGGCAAAUGUACAAGCAGCGUGUCCUGCUCAGCGUGAUCGGCGUAUUCUUCAUCAUACUUGUGUUGGUCAUCCUGUAUUUCAAGAUUUUCAGGCAUUGA